CUGUGUUCAUGUUUUCAGCUUCAACAGCUGUCUCUCGGAAACUUUGCCGUACUACCUCAUCCAUCGGCGGUGCAGAUCAACGAAAGCGACAUAGCUAUAGGAGCACUUUCAAUAGCAUAUGGAUCUCUUCCUCCACAGCUACCGAAAGGUUUCUCCCUUCGAGCACCGACGUGUAUUGUUAACUUUUACCGAAUAGCAAGGGGUUUACUAAUAAAUAAACCGAUUCUCUUGGAAGGUGCUCCAGGUUGUGGAAAAUCGAGUACUGUUAUGGCUCUUGCUAUGCUGACGGGGCAUCCUAUCACGAGAUUGGAUCCUUUCCUGACCAACGGCUUGGGGGUCGCUACUGUUCCAGGUCUAUUAUCAUUCCGCUCUGGAAGGUUGAUUUCCUGCAGGUCUUUCUAUCUCUUCAGGAUGAGUGAUGCUGCAAUUGUUACUGAGGAUGGGAGUGUUUCGUUCCAUUGGGAAGAUGGGCCGAUACUGCGGGCCAUCAAGCAUGGUGAAUGGGUGUUGCUCGACGAGAUGAACUUGGCAUCACAAGCCGUAUUGGAAGGACUUAAUGCUUGUUUCGAUCACCGACGAGUGUUAUACAUCGCAGAACUGAAUCGCAGCUUCGAAAUCCCUGCUGAAAGCAGCUGUCGCUUUUUUGCAUGUCAGAAUCCACGAGCACAAGGUGGAAAUCGACGAGCUCUACCGAAGUCGUUCGUCAAUAGAUUCACAAAUAUAUACGUCGAUGACCUGAAGGACGAAGAUGUUCUACAAAUUCUGAGCGAGCUGCCCACAGCUGCAAGGAUAAACAGCGAGCGAUUGAAAGCGAUGGUCUCCGUAAAUUCUCGACUUGCAUCCGAUCAAAGUUUGAUGGGAGGUCCUUUCUCCUUCAAUCUUCGCGAUCUGUUGCGAUGGAUCGAGCUUUUUGAAAAGAAUAGUGAAAUGGCAGCCUGCUUUCAACUUCUGUACUUGAGCAGAAUGCGCAGAGAAGAGGAUCGUGAAAAGCUGCGGCUUCUCUAUCUGGAACACUUCAAUGAACCGUGUAUUACCCAUCCAGUCGUGCUUUCGGUGGACGAAAAACGUUUACGAAUUGGACAGGUUUCACUCCCUCGUAAAGGCUGCAUUGAUGUGGAAUGUGGACGGCGACUGCUAGCUAGUCAAAGUACCUUGAUGCACCAGCUGGCUGUCUGUAUAGAUAUGCAGUGGAUGCCGUUGAUCAUUGGGCCAAGAAACUGUGGGAAGCGUUCCACUUUGGAAAAUCUCGCUACGAUCUGUGGUGUUGAGCUUCAUACUAUUGUACUCACCUCCGAGACAGAUGCACAGGAACUCAUUGGUUCAUAUGAGCAGAUAGUCGACGAUUCUGCUCUCAUCGAUGCCAAAGCUGCUCUGAGCGAACUCCUGGAGAAACACGUUGAUGCUGAUGUUCUGAAUAAACUGAAUGCAGCAGACGAUGUGACACAGUUGGAGACCUUAGCUGAGAUGGUGCUCAUUGACUUGAAAGAGAGCCACAGCGAUGUUGUGGAUGAAUGUCGUGAAUUAUUGGCUCACGCUGCUCGAUCAGCAAUGCGGUUUGAGUGGAUCGACAGCCCGUUUGUGCGUGCUUAUCUGGACGGCCACUGGUUAUUGAUAGAAGAUGUCAACCUGUGCAGGUAUGAGAUAUUUUGCUGCUUCUCCUUUGAUGAGUACUACUAG